AUGGCCGACCGCACUGAGAUCCUCGUUCACGUCUCGGCCCCCAGUGGUGCCAGGGACGAUGCGAGAUAUCGUGCUGAGGUCGAGGCGAUCCUAGGGUUCCAGGUGGCUGCCCGACACAGUGUCAUAGUGGUGACAGAGGAUGAGCUGAGAUCUAGCUCGAGAAGCUCGAAGGACUCGAGCCAGGCUGGCAACGAGCCAGCCGGCGACGAUUUCGGUACUCCGCUUAGUGUGAUUCCAGAUUCACAGCCAGCUCUGUCUGGAACGGAGGGAGAGCAUCCACCUGAAGAGGUGGUACUGCCUCUAGAGUCGUCGGCGAAGCGGCAGCGUGUCGUAUCGCCAGCGAAACGGGCCUGUUCGCCUGAAGAAGGAGAAGGAGGAGGAGGAGCUCUCAAGAAAGCCGUCCCGCAGCCAUCAUCGACAAAGAACAAUACCGGUCGUGCCAUCCAGGCUGUCGAUACAGCGGGAAUAUCGCUCUCGCAGCUCCCACUACAAAUCCAUCCGCCUCCACCACCCGCCUCCGGAGACCCGUUCGUCACGCACAUCACUCCUACCCUCGCCAUGCUUGCCGCUCGCCUUAACCCGCAGCGCUCCUACAAACCCGUCUGGCAGACAAGACCGCUCGACCCUCUCGAACGGGGACACUGGCUGAUAGACAUCGAGAUUCCGCGUGGUCAGCAGGAGGAACCCCCUUCGCCGUCAAUGUGGGACAGGCCCUUUAUCUCCCGCUUCUGGACCUUUCUCCGGGACUUCAUCGCCCGCGAUGGACGCGCCGGCUGGGGGGUCUGGUGUAUCCUGGAACGCUCCGAGCCAGAGGCAACAGACAAUGCAGAGAUGAAAAUGCUGCUCAAAGUCUAUGCAUGGGGCGAGACCGCCGUCCACAUCUACCUCUUGCUCUUUCUGGCGAGUGAACGGCGGAUCCGGGGGAUGGGAGCGCAGUGGAGGGAUGGAGGGAAUGACACUGUGAUUCAGAUGUAG